CAUCACUCUCCAACCCACACACUCUCUUUCGUACAAGGGGAAACUCAUGCUCAUGUAUAGACGUUGUGGACUUACACAGCUAACACCUAAAGAGAGAAGUAAAGAAAAGCAAGAAUAACUGAAAAUGGUGGGCAACAUUUCAGGACUUCAAAAUGUGACCACAGUCACAGCUAACAAUUACAUGGAUUAUUCAAGCCUUGAAAUCUUCAUUAUUUGCAUGUAUUUUGUUAUCUUUGCUGUGGGUAUCGUUGGAAAUGGGCUCGUCAUCUUUGUGACUGGCUACAAAAUGAAGACGACGGUCAACUCCAUUUGGUUUCUGAACUUGGCAGUUGCAGACUUCAUCUUCAUUUUAUUCCUGAUCCUCAACAUCAUUACUAUCUUUAAUAAGAUGGCGUGGCAUUUCGGUGACUUAAUGUGCAAAUUUGUCUCCCUCGUGGCAGUGCUAAACAUGUUUGGAAGCAUUUUUUUUCUGACAGCUAUCAGCCUGGACCGAUGCCUGUGCACAUGGGUGAUUGUAUGGGCUCAGAAUAAACGAACUCUUGUCAAAGCCAGAAUCAUCUGCACGUUUGUGUGGGUUUUAUCUGUCAGCUGCAGCAUUCCUUUCAGUUUACAUCGCUCAGUUUCCGAAGACAACAUUACUCAAAUUAAAUACUGCUUCUUUAAAUCCAGCAUUGAUACUUUAAAGUCUCUGAUCAUAUACAGGUUUAUGGUGGGCUUCCUCAUCCCCUUCCUGAUCAUUGCAUCUUCAUACAUAGCUAUUGGGGUGCGGGCAAAACGCCUCAAAAGAGGAAAGCAACUUAGACCCUUCCGGGUCAUUAUAGCUGUGAUCAUGGCCUUUUUCAUAUGCUGGUUUCCUUUCCAUGUUCAACAAAUGUGGUACAUCAUUGCAGUUACAAAUAAUUGGAAUGCUGAGAUAAUUGCUGAGUCAGGAACUUAUGUUACCUUCCUGGCUUAUAUAAACAGCUGUCUGAACCCCAUUCUGUAUGUGUUUAUGUGUGAAGAGUUUAAGAGGAAGCUUAAACAGUCCCUGUUUGUGGUUCUCGAGUCAGCUUUUGCAGAAGAGUAUCUGAGCUUCCGUUCAACUCGCUUCUCCACUUGUUCACGCCUCUCGGAGUCACAAGGUGCCAAGCAGGUAAAUGACACCAUGUCCUCCAAUGCCAGUGGCCAGGACAAAACCAGCUUUUAAAACACCAGUCUCUGAGUGAUUGGAAAUAUCAAUUCUUCAUGUUUUACUGUGGUGUCAGAUCUAAAAAGCAUUUCAACAAGCACUCCACUUUUGCUGCCUUGCUGGAACAGUGCGUCUCAGACUCAUAGGCAAUUGGCUUUAGACUUGACUUAGACUUCAAUUUGAAAGUCACGAACAACACACACACACACGUCUUUAUGUCUACAAGGAGUCAGAUAAUGAUUAGAUGCAAGGGAUCGCCUCAUGCACCCUUGGUUGAUUAUUCCUGUGAAAAGGAGGGGCCAUUUGCUCACUUUUUCUAGGGAAUCCCUUUGAAGGCCAUGACUCAGCAUAUUCAUUUGGAAUAAGAGAAAGUAUUCUACCAUCAGAUAAAGAAUUACACUCAUUACCAUUACAUUUUUAUGAGUUUUUGUAUUUUAAUUUUUUUUGUCUUUCCUGGAUUUUGUUUUCUCAUUGACUUGUUUUAUGCAACCACUUAGUGACUUUGUAAAACUGUCAUUUCAGUGCUUAUGUUACUGUCUCUUUUUUUUGUUAUGUCUAAUGUAUCAUCAAACUAAAAAAAUAAAAUAAAAAAAAAUAACU